UGCCUCAGCCUCCCGAGUAGCUGGGACUACAGGCGCCCGCCACCACGCCCGGCUAAUUUUUUUCUAUUUUUAGUAGAGACGGGUUUCACCGUGUUAGCCAGGAUGGUCUCGAUCUCCUGACCUCCUGAUCCGCCCACCUCCGCCUCCCAAAGUGCUGGCAUUACAAGGGUGAACCACCACGCCGGCCCGCCGCGGGUAGUUUUCCACUUUCCCGCCAGGCCCGACGCUGCUCUGACGACACCGAGGCGCGCCACGUCGUGACGUCAACUGUCGCGCCGGAAGUGUAAGGCCGGGCAGCCCAGCUGAAGGCAGUAAGCUGGCCUCUCCGUUGCAGGAUAGUUCUGGGAUAUCGGGGCAAAGGGGCGUGAGAAGGCCCGGAGGCGAAGUCGAAGAGAAGCAACUGCGCCCUGGAGAAGAGAAGCUCGCCCAUUCCCGACUGGGAGCCAGCUUUCAGUGAAGAUGGCAGGGCCAGAACUGUUGCUUGACUCUAACAUCCGCCUCUGGGUGGUUCUACCCAUCGUUAUCAUCACUUUCUUCGUAGGCAUGAUCCGCCACUACGUGUCCAUCCUGCUGCAGAGCGACAAGAAGCUCACCCAGGAACAAGUAUCUGACAGUCAAGUCCUAAUUCGAAGCAGAGUCCUCAGGGAAAAUGGAAAAUACAUUCCCAAACAGUCUUUCUUGACACGAAAAUAUUACUUCAACAACCCAGAGGAUGGAUUUUUCAAAAAAACUAAACGGAAGGUAGUGCCACCUUCUCCUAUGACUGAUCCUACUAUGCUGACAGACAUGAUGAAAGGGAAUGUAACAAAUGUCCUCCCUAUGAUUCUUAUUGGUGGAUGGAUCAACAUGACAUUCUCGGGCUUUGUCACAACCAAGGUCCCAUUUCCACUGACCCUCCGUUUUAAGCCUAUGUUACAGCAAGGAAUCGAGCUACUCACAUUAGAUGCAUCCUGGGUGAGUUCUGCAUCCUGGUACUUCCUCAAUGUAUUUGGGCUUCGGAGCAUUUACUCUCUGAUUCUGGGCCAAGAUAAUGCCGCUGACCAAUCACGAAUGAUGCAGGAGCAGAUGACAGGAGCAGCCAUGGCCAUGCCCGCAGACACAAACAAAGCUUUCAAGACAGAGUGGGAAGCUUUGGAGCUGACGGAUCACCAGUGGGCACUAGAUGAUGUCGAAGAAGAGCUCAUGGCCAAAGACCUCCACUUCGAAGGCAUGUUCAAAAAGGAAUUACAGACCUCUAUUUUUUGAAGACUGAGCAGGGAUUAGCUGUGUCAGGAACUUGGUAUUGCACUUAACCUUGUAACUUUGUUUGGAGCUGGCACCUCUCAGAAUAAAAAGGAGGAUGCAAGAGCUGGCAGGCA